AUGCCUCGGGGCCAGAAGAGCAAGGUCCGUGCCCGGGAGAAACGCCACCAGGGCCGCGGUGAGGCUCAGAGUCUCGGGGGUGCUCCUGCUGCGGCAGCAGCAGCCGCCGCAGCAGAGGAGCCCCCCCGCUCCCCCCCGCCCGGCGUGGGGGCGAUGCCCCCGGGCUCCCCCGAGGCGGGUCCGCCCCCGCAGCCCCAGGGCGCCCCGGCCCCUGGGUCUCCUGGCGCGGACCCUCCAGGCCCGCCACGUGACCAGGGCGCCCAGAACGCGGAGGCCGCCGCCGCCCCGGCCCCCCGGGCCGCCCGCAAAGACCCCCUCACCCGCAAGGCCAGCGUGCUGGUGCAGUUCCUGCUGGAGAAGCACGGCACCGGGGAGCCCAUCACGCGGGCCGCGCUGCUGAAGAUGGUCAGCAGGAAGUACCGCGAGCACUUCCCCGAGAUCUUCAGGCUCACCUCGGAGCGCAUGGAGCUGGUCUUCGGGCUCGAGCUCAGGGAGGUCGAUACCCGCAGCCAGUCCUACACCCUGGUCAGCAAGCUGUCCCUCCCGAGCGACGGCAACAAGGGGCUGCCCAAGACCGGCCUCCUGAUGGCGCUCCUGGGCGUGAUCUUCAUGAAGGGCAACCGCGCCACCGAGGAGGAGGUCUGGGAGUUCCUCAACGUGCUGGGCGUCCAGGAGGGCAGGAGGCACCUGAUCUUCGGCGAGCCCCGGAAGCUCAUCACCCAAGACCUGGUGCACCAGGGCUACCUGGAGUACCGCGCGGUGCCCGCCAGCGACCCUCCGCGCCACGAGUUCCUGUGGGGCCCGCGAGCCCGCGCGGAGACCAGCAAGAUGCAGGUGCUGCAGGUCCUGGCCAAGAUCAACGACACCGUGCCCAGCUGCUUCCCCGAGCUGUACGAGGAGGCGCUGCAAGAGCAGAAGGAGCGCGCGGCGGCCCGUGGCUGGCGCCGCGUCUAG